UCUACACCGCGGGUUCCUGUGUCGUGAAUGAAUAAUGAAUGAAUGAAUGAGGUGACACUCCAUCGAUGAGUAUGAGCCAACAGAACACAAAAAUACAGCUGUGUUUUCAGCCUCAAUUGAGCCGGCGGCGCUAGUGAGCAGCAGCGCCCACGGGGCGAGCACCCAAGGAGAGAAGAAGUCAAUGCUAUCGCCUUACCAUGAUUGGCAGCUUGUUAUUUUACAUUCUCGUCCCGUUAUCACGACUUUUCAUGAGUGGAAACUCGAGCCCUCGGAGGGAAGUUCCUGAUGUUGAGGAGACCGAAGACAGGGUGAAGAAGAAAAGCCAGAUGAUCUCUGAAGCGCAAACUAAACCUGGAGAACCCAAGAGUGAAGGAGCUCCUGAUGUGACCGAGGAAGACCUGGUUCUGCAAGAAGAAGUUCACAAGGCUCCUGUGGAGGAGCAAUUUCAAGAUCCAGUUCAGGAUGUGGCUCCAUCUCCAAACGUGGCACCAGGGAAAAGCAGAGCAGAGGCCAGGUGGUGCUGGGACAGCUAUUUUGCGAAGGAGGUUAACAGUUGUGGCUCUGUUUACCCUUGUUCCACCUCCUCUGAAAACCGCUCACCAAGUCCUGCUGGUGUGGACCUCUCAGAGGGACUGUGUGACGUUCGACACCAGGAGACAUUUGCAGAGACCAAAUCAGACUCUUCCACUCAGCCGGAGGCCUCAUUGGAUUUCACCGUGAUGUCCUACAAUAUUCUGGCUCAGGAUCUUCUGGAGGCCCACGAGGAGCUCUACCUGCACUGCCCCCUGGAGGUGCUGGACUGGAACUACCGAUUCAAAAUUCUCCUGCAGGAGAUCCAGAGGUCCCUUCCUGACAUUUUGUGUCUCCAAGAGGUUCAGGAGAACCACUAUUAUGACCAGCUGUGCCCUGCCCUCAUGCAGAUGGGUUACACCUGUGUCUUCAAGUGUCGGACAGGAGCCAAAACAGACGGCUGUGCGACCUGCUACCGCGGCAGCCUCUUCACCGAAGUGUCUGCUUCUCUUCUGGACUUCCACCGACCUGAAACGGGUCUGCUUGACCGGCACAACGUUGCCGUUGUGUUGCUGCUGGAGCCCAGCGCCUCACACCCUGAGAGCCCGCGCCUCUGCGUCGGCAACACUCAUCUGCUCUUCAACCCCUCGAGGGGAGACGUGAAGUUGGCCCAGCUGGGCCUCCUGCUGGCUGAAGUCCACCACUUGUCCAAGUCCUGUCGGGACGAAGAUCGGCGCUGCGACGUUGUCCUGUGUGGAGACUUCAACGCUGUUCCUCACUCGCCUCUGUACCAACUGAUCACCACCGGGGAGCUGUACAUCAAGGGUCUGCCAACGUGGGCGAUUUCAGGUCAAGAGGACAUGUCCCACCAUCACUACAGCUACAGAGUCAUGAGUCCGUGGCCAAGCUGCCUGGAAAUCACCAACAAAUGCCAGUAUGUCGGUGCCUUCGAGUCCUGCUGCAGUCCAAGCUCGGAGUCCGGAAAGAUUCGCUACAGCCCUGAGUUCCUCCUACAUCUGCGCUCCUGUCCACUCUCAAGCGUCCGUCCACCGUACCUGCCGCUCAUUCCAGGGGUGACCGACGCCACGCCAGAUGAUCAUAGAGGAACCCAGGCGGCGAGUCAAAGGUCCUUCACCAUCAGCCACAAAUUUGACCUGGAGUCCGUCUACAAGCACGUCUCAGCGGUCAGCGGGGCCUUAGAGGUCACAACCCUGCACUCACAAGCCGGAGCAACGGUGGACUACAUCUUCUUCACCCCGGAACGCUCAUGUUCCACAGACGCUGGCUCCAGCAGAAGAGGGCUGACUCUGCUCAGUUGCCUCUCGCUGCCCUGUGAGGACUUCCUCUGGUCCCUCAGGGGGCUCCCCAACCACACCUUCCCCUCCGACCACCUCAGCCUGCUGGCCAGCUUCCGGAUGGACCUGAGGGCCACCUGAAGGUGAACGUUUGCCGAGUUCUACUUUGAUUUUUGAGGACAGUUCAUGUUCAUUGAAAAGGCAACACUCUGUCAUCUUAGAAGUUUUGUUUCCAGUUUUUUGGAAUAAUGCAUAUUGUAUAUGGACAUUAUUUUUCUACCAGAGUGAGCUUGUUUAAUAAAUAUCUUUGAUAACAGCAUGUUAUUUUACAUAGAAACAAACUGAUGCCAUUGUUUAAACACCGUCUCAGUUGAGCUCAGAGACUAGCUGCGAUUACACU